UGGGUGGGGCUCAUUUAGGUGGGUGUCCAUUUUGAACUGUUUUCAAUUCAGUAGGAGAGAGUGUGUGCUUUUUAUGCACAAUCAUGGGCUGUGUCUGUUGCAAAUGUUGCUGUGGAGGAGAGACGUAUGACUUUGCUGAUAGGAGCACGUCAGGAGUUGGGGGAGAGUGGAGAGUUAGAGGUCAACACGUUGUUAGAUUGUUAGCUCAAGUUCUCGAGCUGGUCAGCAUUCUUGGAGACAAUGAAGACGGAGUGCCUCUUAGGACAGCACCAGCUGAUGACUCAUCUAGUGAUGAUAGCAGUAAAGCCAGUGAGAUAUCAGACGAUGAGUUCAAUUGGGUGUGGAAUCCAAUCUGUGACUGCCUUGUACAUGUUAACGUCGCAUGCCUUCAAGAAGGAGAAGUCUAUGAGUAUGCAGUGUAUGCUGAAGAGAAAGAGCUAUGCCCCUUUAGCUCUAAUAUCACAAUUCCAGGUACUGAUAUUAAAAGGACGGGACCAUUUUUUGUACAAUGGAAAGACAUUUAUACAGGAAAGGUCUACGGGCUUAACUUUUUCACAGAAUCGGAAGCAUUGAGAUUUGUCUCUAGUUGUUUUCCUCCUAAUUUUACUCCUGAUACUUGCAUUCGUCACACUUCAUCUCGUCUCACGUACAUAUGCCCUCCUCCUCCUCCUGCUAUCAGUCAGCGUCCUCAAGGAGAGCAGAAUCGUGAUCACAUGAGACCUAAUUAUGGUUUUGAUUAUCUUGCAAUGACUUCAACGCCAAUUCCUAAUGUAGAGGAAGAGGGAGAAAUGGAAGCAUACUUUAAGCUGCCUACGCAUCGGCCGGUCCAUGCUGUUAGUCCUACUGUUAAUAGUGCUGAAAUACCAUCGGGUGUUCUCCCUUUGCCACACUCAAGUUCUGUAUUGUCUGAUGAAAGUUUUGAUGGGCCGAAUAAUGGCUCGCCUUCUUCAUUGCCAUCACCUCCUAGUCUGUUCAUGAUGGCUGAUAAAAAGAUGGAGGAGACUGAGUCUACUGAUAAUGAUACUUCUAAUACUUCUAGUGUUGAUCAUGAGUUGUUCCAACCGACUGAGCCUCUUCAAGUGAACAAGAUACUUGAAGAUAUAAAAGAGGAGGAGGAUGAGGAAGAAGGAUCAAUGAAAUCAUCAAACACCACCGAUCAACUUCGAGAUUCAAGUGUUGAAGUGCCACAAGUAGUCCUUGACAAGUGCUUAGCUGAUUUUGAUGAUUUUCUCAAGGAUAUCAGAAAAUCUCAGUUGAUUGAAAUCACAGAGCGUGAGGCUCGAUUGUCCAGACAGUCUAGUUUCACUGCUGGCCCUCCUCCCCUGCUGCCUCCUACACCUCCUCCUGGGCCAACUCUAUCGCCUAAACACAACACCAAUAACCCAUUCCUUAGUCCAAGCUUUCAGAGUGCAUUAAAGAGAAUGUCAAGCAGCAGUUUUGAUGAUAUCCCAGCUCCAACUUUACACCAGCAAAGAAGUACUGAAGACACUAAUCGUGACUCCCUCCCACCGCCUCUCGCUAGGCGAGACAGCGAAGACUUUGAAAUGAAUCGACAAAAUUCACUGAAUAACAACUACCUUCAGCCACCUGAUGCUUUCAGCUCUGAUAGUGGUCUACCAUUCUCCUCUGACAAUGAGUUAUACUCUCAAGCUGACACUGAAAACAAGAGACACCACUUCAUAGCAAAUGCAAGGGAAGCAGAUACAAGCAGCCAGCAAUCUGAGACAACUGAGAGUGCCGGAAUACCAAACUAUACAGGUACCUAUCCACCAGAAGGUGCUGUAGCUGCUUCAAUGGAAUGGAAGAAAACAGACUCUAUCAAGAAAGCAGGAUGGCUUGAAGUCAAAGGUGUACUAGUGAGGAAGAAUCGAAAGGUUGCCAUGAAAUCAACAAGAAGAUGGAAAAGUCAUUGGGCUGUAUUGAAAGGAAAGUAUAUCUUUCUCCAUCGCUGGGAUCAAGGCCCUUUUGGCACUAAUAAUGAAACACAGCUAGAUAUGAAGAUUGACAUUUCACAGAGUCUUGCUCAUCCAGUCCAUGAUCACAUGAAAAGAGAUCACUUGUUCUGCCUAAGCACUUGCAGUGGCAAUACAUACUACAUGCAGGCUGUGAAUCAAGCUGCUGUUGAUGAAUGGAUCCAUUCUGUUCAUUCAGCUGCUGCAUUCGACUUUACUGACCAAUUGGAUAGAGAAGUCUCUAUUAAAUUUUUAAAUACUGUAAUCCUAGAAAAUGAAGAAGCUUUAGAAAAAGAGAAGCAAAUGAAAAAUUUAGCAGAACUUCAAUCUACAACAGUUACUGAUAAUGCCAGCAGAUCAAAAAUUAAUAAACAAAUUGCAAUAUUCAAUGAGAACAUUGAAAAUUAUCAAAUGAUCAUUUACAGAAACCGGUGCUAUCUUGCAUCACUGCAAUGCACUGAGCUUCCUAAUCCUCAGCCACUGCUUUCAAGUGUAUCAAAGUCUACUAAGAUGAACCUUACAAAAGUCGGCAAUUUUUCAGUAGCAUCUCUCCAUGCAGUGGUAAAUGUAAGACUGUCUACUGCUAAAUCAUCCACUGGGGCCAGUGCAAUGCAGAGCCCAACACUCUCUCCAGCUAGCACAAUUGCAACAUCAACUGAAAAGAAAAAGAAGAGGCAUUUCACAUUCUUUGGCAGAAAGGGAGACAGCAAAGCCAAAAGGAAGCUCUUCAGCUCACCGAAUAUAUCUGAGCCGCUACCAGGAACAGUAGGAUCACAGUUACUAACAUACAGACAACUAUUGGAGCCUAAUCCUUUAGCUACUGGAUUCGGUGCAACUCUGAUGAUCACAAUAUUACAAGAUAAAGUUUGUGCUGUUCCUUUUCGUUUGGAUCUAACAGUUGAUGACAUUCUCUUAACAUGUUGCAAAAAAUUUGGUCUUGAUCCGGCAGAUCAUUUCUUAAAGCUGACAACUCCGGAAGGAGAAGAGCAAGUACCUCAUGAAGAUGAAUUUAUCGUGAACCUGGCUUUUAACAAUUUGGAAGUAGCACAAAAAUUUAUAAUCACUGUCCAAUUUGACACGUCACCUGACAAUAUUGGUCUUACAUUGCAACCUGAUUUAAGGAAUCUUGGCUCAGUGACGCAUGUCAUUAUAGAAUCCGUAGCUCCCAAUAGUGAAGCCCAAAGACUAGGAUUGAGUAAAGGAGAUGAAGUUGUUUUAAUUGACGAUCAGACAGUGGCUCACAUGUCAUGGAAUGAAGUACUAUCAGCAGUUGAAGAGUCAAACUUUACACUGACUGUUCGUACGAGACAUUAUAAAGCUCCUGUAGGCGUUGCUGGACGCACUACUCUACUACACCUCAAUGAUCUUGUCUGUCCUUCUCCUCCAACGCAGGAAAAGAAGAUGAAGCUAGAUGAUUUGAUUGUUCCCCUACCAAGCACUGAGGACUUGCAUAAACUUGGAGGGAGUUCCGGUAGUCUGACAGCAAGUGAGUCAGAGGACAAUUUGGAGCCAGAUGAAGACAGAGUACUUCAACUGAUUAAAGGCUCGUUAGAGGUAACUGGCCUCCUUGAUAGGUGGAAGGCAUACGAGGAGGCUGAAACUCAAGAAACUGACGAUGAAGUUCCCAGUCCACCAAUGAGCCCACAGCAGAAAAUGUUCAAAUGUGUUAGAGAAAUUGUUGAAAGUGAGAAGGAGCAUGUGAAGGCAUUAGAUUUGCUUGUGGAUCGAUAUUUGGAGCCUAUGAAAUAUGAGCUGUUUCUUCCUCGGGAUAAAAUUAGUUUUAUAUAUGACAGUGUCCUCAGUGUAGUCAUUCAACAGAAGCAGUUCUUUGGAAGAAUUGAAGAACUACCUGACAAGUCUCCUGAUGACCCAGAGAAUGUUAAGAUUCUUGUUAAAGAACUAUCAGAUGCAUUCAUGAAUCACUUGGAUACAUUUAGACAGUACAGCCAAUUCUGUGCAGCGCAGCAUGAGCUUGAGUACAUUCUCAUUAAUGUUACUAAUCGUCAGGAAAUGGAAGAGUUUCUUGAGGUCAGGAACCCAAAACAAAGCCCAUCGCUUACACUCACAGCAUUAUUGAUCAAACCAGUAUUGCGUCUUCUUCGAUAUCCUUUGUUCCUACAAGCACUUAAAGACAUGUCUGAUAAAGACUCGGAAGAGCAUCAAAUUUUAAAAGAUACACUAACAUCUGUUUCAAUGGUUACUGAGUACAUUAAUGAAGUGAAAAGAGUUACUGAGUCGUACGCUAAUGUAUUUGAUACAAUACUAGAAGUAUCAGGGCUAGUAGAGUUUGGUAUCAGUGUCCGUGUCAGUGAGUUAUUGAGUCACAUGACAGUCAUGUGGUUGAAUGCACCUGGUACAAUGGGACGUGGUUGGAGGAAGGGACAAGGACCAGAGAUGCAAUGUUUCGUGUUCAACAGUAAUGUAAUGUUACUGUGUAUUGAGCAGACAGUAAAGCGUCGUCCCAGCAAGGCUAGUCUAACACAGCAAUCAAUAUCAUUUGAUGACAUUAGUCAUAGAGCACUUUUACCUUUAGCUCAAUGCAAAGUGAAUGACCUGCCUGACUCUGAUGGAGUGUCAUCAAUGUGGCAGAUAGUGCAGAAAGGACGUCAAGUUGCCAGUCAAACAAUAACAUACACACUGAGAAGCAAGUCACCAGAAGAGAAAUCAGUUGCAAUACAAAUAUUGCAAGAAUCAAUUACAGCUCAGUUAGCUCUUUAUACUAAUAUUAGUGGCAGUUUGAGUCCAGUCAAGCAACAUAUGUCUAAAGUUUUGGUAUCACAUGAUGUGACCAGACCAUCUCCUCUUAGACCACCUAAACUAAGCAAGACAUCAAUUAAUGACUCAAUAGACUCUGAGUAUGAAUUAACAUUGUUGUAAUGCAUUUGACUGCUUUUGUUAUUCUUGAGGUGAUAUUUGAUAAUCAACAAAGUGCAACACUGCUUGAUUACUUAAA